AGCAAAGCAAAGAAACGCCGGCCUAGUCGACGGAUCAGUUCUAGCUAGCUACACCAUGGCGUCCAUGCAGAGGAGCCACGAGGAGCGCGCCCAUGCCGCGGCGCAGAAGGCGGCCGCCGAGCUCCGCGCGGCGCGGCGGGAGGAGGCGCCCGCCAGCCCCCGCGGCGGCGGCAUCCUGGGCAGCGUGCAGGAGAGCGCGCGCUCCGCCAUGGGCGCGGUCAAGGACACAUUCUCCGGCGGCGGCCGGGGCGGCACCACGACCACGCACGGUGACGUCGCCGGAGACGGCGUGUCGGCUACCGCGGGAGACUACGCCGAGGAAGGGAAGGCGAAGGCGAGGGACGUGGCGGACGCGGCCAUGGGCAAGGCCGCCGAGACCAAGGACGCCGCGGCGGACAGGGCGCGCUGCGCCAUGGCCGCGGCCGCGGACAGGACCAAGCUGGGCGGCGGGGAGUCGGAGGAGGACGACGUGAUGCUGCGGGUGAAGGAGGCAGACCAGAUGACGGGGCAGGCGUUCAACGACGUCGGCCCCAUGGGCGAGGAGGGCACCGGCGUCCCGCGGCGGCGGCGCUCCGGCUGAUGUGCUCGACCGGAACGGGGCGGGAAGGCCGCCGGACCUCGGGACCUGAUGAGCUAGCCGCCACCGUGCGGCGUGCUUAGCUUCUCGAUGUAUCCAAUCCAACCAGAACAAAUAAAGGGACGAGAUGAGGUCGCGUCUCGAUCUCCAUCUCUCCCUCUCCCAUGAGCUUCAACACCGCUGAAUCCAUCUGCGGCAUGAGCUAUGCCUUUGAUCUUGUAUAUUUCCGCCUGUCACGUGAAUGAAUACAUAAUGUGCAAAUAAAUUUCGGUGAGGUUUAAAU